AUGGCUGCAGUCUCAGCAGCUCCAAACAACAGCGUUACAUAUUACUACAUCAAAAUAAAACAAGGAACCUACAAUGAAUACGUCCAAAUCGAAAGCUGGAAAACGAAUAUCGUUUUCAUCGGAGAAGGAAUGGACAAAACCAUAAUAUCCGGAGAUAAAAGUUAUGGUGCAGGCAUCGGGACAAUGUAUACUGCAACUGUGGGGGUGAAUGGCCAAGGCUUCGUAGCCCAAGGAAUCACUUUUAGGAACAUAGCUGGACCUAAAAUGCUACAGGCAGUAGCAUUAAGAGCAGAAGCAGAUUUUCUUACCUUCUAUCAAUGCCGUUUUGAGGGUUAUCAAGAUACUCUAUACACAAAGUACGGUAGACAGUUUUAUAGGGAUUGUGAUAUCUUGGGCACCAUAGACUUUAUCUGCG